AUGGAUUCAACAACACUGGCAUCAUCAUCCACAGAAAAAGAACUAGAUGAGUUCCGAAAUCAAUGGAAACAAGAAGUGAUUUCCCGCCAAAGACAACAGCAAGAAGAACAUGAGACUCAUGGCACUUUACACUCAACAAAAGCUGCGGCAACUGGGUAUGAUACUAUUAUACAAGCUGAUAAGGUCGACACUGGUACAACAGAAAAACAAGAAGAAGAAAGGGAACCAGAGACAGCUAUGGGUCAUUAUAUCAAGGCAGUGGAUCAUGAGCGUCAAGGUCAAUUGGGAAAAGCUCUUCAUUUUUAUCGUCAAGCAUUCCGGUUGAAUAGAGAUAUUGACUAUGAUUAUAAACGACAUUAUCAAACACAUAUUGUACCUCAAUUACAAAAAGAAGCAGAACAGUUGGAUAGCGGUAAUAAUGGUACAGUCCAUGGUAGUGAUGAUGAUAAUUUUAGACAUAUUGUACCUGUUGGAGAUGAAUACGAACAACCAGAAACAAAUGUUAUCAAAUCAUCCUCUUUGGUUUGGCAAGAUCCUUUGACUCCUUUGAUUGAUGAAUUUUCUCAACAAGAUACCGAUUUUAUCCCUGCUCUUGACUAUAAACCAGUAUUAAUCUCCAAGUUACCCAAUGAAAUCUUGUUAGCGAUUUUGAAAUAUCUCUUUUUACACUCACUUUCCUCUAGUGCCAGAGUAGCAUUGGUAUGUAAACGAUUAUUUUUAUUGACUAGAACACCUUCUCUUUGGCGAUAUCUAUGUGAACAUGCUUAUAGGCCCCCUACAAUGACAUUGGCAGAAUCAAAAUCUCUCCUCUUGGAUCAAGUACAAAAGUAUUAUGGUGGUGGAUGGUAUAACAUGUUUGUAGAAAGACCUAGAAUCAGAUAUGAUGGUGUAUAUAUUUCAACUUGUCAUUAUGUUCGACCAGGAACUUCAGAAACAUCAUGGAAUCAACCUGUACAUCUGGUGACCUAUUAUCGAUAUCUUCGCUUCUUUACAGAUGGACGUAUAGUGAAACAUGUGACGACUGAUGAACCAGCACAAGUAGUUAAACAAUUGGAUCGACGAUUUUCGAAACGACAAACAUUCCAUGGACGAUAUGAAUGGAAAAAGAAGGAUGAUGAUGAUGAUAGUGCUGUAUUAAGAAUUACAGCACGGGAUUAUACACUACCUCAUGAACAAUUCUUUUUGCAAUUGACGGUCAAGGGAACUCAUCGAGGACGACACAACAAAUUAGGAUGGAAGAAAUAUACGAGUAUCAAUCAACGAAGCCUGGAAGAUCAAGGGUUACUGGAUGGAACAGUUGAUUUGAAUGAUCUUGAUGAUGACACUCUGGAUCCAUUUGAACAUGUGUAUGAUUUGAAGCUAAUGAAACCUUAUUUCUUUAGCCCAGUCCGUCAAUCCCUCUUGAUAAAUGCAUCUGUACUGGAUGUCAAUUUUAACGAAAAAACAUACGUGAUUCACUUUGUGUUUCAACCUAAUGGAUCUCUUAUUAACUUGCAGGGACAAUUAGUACAUGAUAUGACGAUUUCUUUUUCUCCAUUUCAAAAAUACACUUAUCAUUCAGGGGAAUAUCUGAUGCCACUUCAAGUCCCUUUUCAUUAUGAUGAUGGAAAUCCAAUUGAUUAUCCUUUUGAUCGUUAUGCAGGUUAUUUUGAAAUGGAAGCCACGUCUGAAAUUAGCAAUACAACACAUAAUAAUGAUACUAUUCAUCAACCUAUUCCUUUAUCCUUUGUAUUGGAAGCUAGUUUAACUUCUUUCAGUUUUGUACCAAACUUCACUCCUUUAGAUCAUCGAUUGGGUCUGAAGAUCAUGACGGGUCGAUCUACUACCACACUUGGAUUUAGUCUUUUCAUGUGUAUCUUGAUGUGGGCUUUAUCUUUAGUAUUAGCUAUUUUUGGUUAUCAAGUUCUUUGUCGUCGUCGUCCUGUUCAAGGAGAUGCCUGUUUGUUAGGUGCCACUCUAUUUUUUGCCUUACCUGCUUUAAGAUCUGCUCAGCCUGGUGUACCUGAUGUUGGAUGUAUUGCAGAUGUACUUGGAUUUUAUUGGAAUAUGGCAAUCAUUGCUCUAGAAAGUAUCACUAUUUUAGCAUGCUGGAUAGCAAGAUGGGAACCAAUUGAUCAUCAUCAUCAUCAAGAAGAAAAAAUGAAUAGAGAUACAAAUAGAUCUCCUACAUUAUAUCAACAUUUUCAAGCAACUUUGCAACUUAUUCGAGUAGCUUUAGCCUUGGAAUAUACGAUAUUAACACGAUUUAUUGUUGGUGUCAUUGUUGCUACUGUACUAUCUAUACUUUAUCUAGUUUGGACUUUACGUGGUUCACAACAACCUCUUCAUGUUUGGGAAAAACUCAAUAAACCUUUAAUCAAACUUUUUCGACCUAAAAUAUUCAACUUUUUACUUUGUGGUGUGAAUCCUUAUGUGGGUAGUAUUGAUCUUCGUGUAUCCACUUUUUCGAAAGGUUUUUGUACUGGUAUCAUGCGGGAUCGACAUAAAAACCGAAAUCCAUUCAAAAGUAUCCACGCUACCGCAUUGGCAACACUAGCAGAAACUGUUGGAGAAUUGGCGCUAUUAAGUACUUUGGGACCCAAGGAUCGUGCUAUUUUAACUUCAGUGAAAAUGGAGUUCAAGAAAAAGGCUAGAGGAUUAUUGACAGCAUCAUCUGAUUUUACUCCACCAUCAACAAAUGAAGAAUCUAAUGAAGCAAGUACAGUAGUGGUAAUUAAGGAUAGAUUGUUGGAUACAGUAGCGGUGGCGUACCUGGUAUGGAAUGUCAAACGAAAUGAAGCAUAG